AUGAAACAAUAAGCACAAAGAUAUUCUGUGAAAAUACCAAAGCAUGAUGUUAUUGAUAAGAAAGUUUACUAUACAAUCAGUAUAUGCAACUUGGAAGGAGGAGAACCUAAGGAGAUAAGAAAAAGAUAUUCAGAAUUAGAAUCCAUGCAUUAAAAAAUAUUGGAAUGGAUUCAAAUAUUUAAAAUAAAAAUCCCUUUGAUUCAUUUUCCUAAGAAAAAAUUCUUAUUUCAUACAAAUUAGUGUGAGGAAAGCAUUAUUAAGCGAAGUGGAGAACUAUAAUAAUAUCUCAAUGAAAUACUAGCGUGUCCAGAAUUGCAUUGCCUAGGAGUUAUUGAAGAAAUGCUUCCUAAAGAGCUGAAGCCGGAUGCACAGAAAAAAAAUGAUAAACCUGUUGACAGAAGAUGGCAAGAAAUUCAAUAAAUCAAAGAAUCCUACUUAGCAAAACACGGCGAUUCAAUAUUGUCCUUGCCCCAAAAAAAAGUUGAGUAACAAAGCAAAUAGUAAUAUAGUUUUAAGUUCGAAGAUCAUUUCAUUUUUGAUGAUUCAGCCCUAUACACGAUUUAAGCAACUGAUACUAUUACAAACAAAAGUUGGAAAUUUACUUAACGUUUUCAAGACCUAAGAGAUUAUCAUAGACAAUUGAAAAGCAUUUAGCUUGAUUUUCCAUUGCCUAAUUUUCCUGAAAAAAAAUUAGUUAACAUCUGUGAUGCUGCUGAUUUAAGAGGUAGAAAAUCGUAGUUAGAAGACUAUCUUAAUCGUAUUUUCAGCUAUCAAACAGUAGUUGAAAGUGAUAUUAUGGUAUUUUUCAUUGCCAAAAGCUAACUUGAUGGCAAUGAAAUUGGCUGUAGAUCUAAGGGAACAUCUUAAACCACCAUGGAUGUAAUUAUUAAAUAAUAUCUCAAGAACUCAAGUAUAAAAUCUAAGAGCCAAACUACAAUUGAACAAUUUGAUGAUGAUCAUAAAUAACCUCGAAAAAUAACAUGUUGA